UCCAAAACAGAUCAAACUGCAAGUUUAUAUUCUAAUAUCUUUGAUAUAGCUAAUCAAAUUUCGGUUUCUAAUCACAUGUCCAUGUUAAUAAUAAAAAUAUAAAAUUGUGAAAAUGAAAAACAAGCCGCAGCGUCAUAAAGAAACGAACUCAUUCCGUUUUAAAACGUUUGGGGAACGAUUGAAUGAGAUCGAUUUACGACGCACGGCACUUUAUCGGAUUCGACAUCAAAAUGAAGGUAUUGACGAGGAGGUGCAGAACACAGAAUUCCAUCAAACAUACUGCAAAUGGAUUGUUCUUAAUUUGACUGAAGAAUAUGCCAUCUUUCAAAAACAAAUUCGCAACGUUGUUACUCUACCGCAGUUGCUGUUGAAGAAAGAAUUUGUUAUUAAUAAAUUGGUGGAAUCUCUUGAAAAAGCCACAGCGCUUUCGUUACAACCUCUUUUGGAAUUUGUAGUUGCGUUAGCAAAAGACCUUCGAGAAGAUUUAUACGUGCAUCUGGUGAAGAGUGAAAACCCAUUGUUUGAAACUUUAUUCAAUUUAUUGAAAACAAAGGACUCCGAUCAAUUAGAAUGGACACUUAUUUGUUUGGCGCAUUUAUUCAAAGUUCUCAAGCCAUAUCUAAAAAAAGAUUUUUCGGCAGUUUUCAAAUUAUUACUACCACUUCUUGAUAACGAUAAUUCAGAAAACAUUACAAAUUUUGCGGUUGAAUGUUUUGCAUUCAUUGCACGUGAUAUUGCAGACAAAGAAAAGUUUCUAUUGGUUAUUUUAUCACAGCUAAAAAUCAGCAAGGAACAAUCAUGUAGUGACAAUAUCAUUCGCGGAUGCAGUCAGUUAUUAUUCGAAGUGAUUCGUGGUGUAAAUGGUCAAUUCCAUAGCUGUGCUGAAUCAUAUUUACGCGCCUAUUUGGAGAUGUUAUCAAAAUUAAAAACACAUCAAUCGGUGGUAUGGUUUGAAAUAUUAAACGGCAUGGUAAUGAUUUUAGUUCAAAACAUUGCACCCGUUAACAUACAAAUAUUCUGGGAUGCAUGCUACCGCACAUUGGAAUACUACAAAUCUGCCACUAACUUAAAUAGUUUGGCAUUGAAGCACCUGCUGUUUAUAAUGGGUCAUACUCUUGAAAUUAGAGAUGGAAAAUUUCUCAUCAAUCCCAAUCAAUUUGUCACCGAAGUAAUAAAAGUUAUUGACACCUGCGAAGAUAAUGAAGAUUGUUUGCGUUGUACAUCUGACUUAAUUACAGUACUUCUACUAUCGCACAAUGUGAUCCUAACUCAACUGGAUGCAAGCCGAAUAACCAAAAAAGUAUUGACGAUACCUUCAACCGAAAUAUUUGAAGCGUUUGUAUGGAAUUGUGUGAAAUAUUCACAAUUCGAAGUGUUAAUAUUGCCGGAAUUCUUACGCUACAUAGAUAGCCAUCAUUUUGGAAUGAGUUCAUUGGAGUUGAUGGCAAAAAUAAUUUUAUACAAGUCACCCUUAUUCAGCGAUGGUAUUUCGAUAGACGCUAAAAAAAUAUAUCCCAUUCGACUACGAUCCGAAAAGUGUUUACAAAAAAUCGAAUCGAUAUUGACUACAGUCAGUAAGAACGGAGAAUAUUUUGAUGAUUCAAAAGAAUUUCUAUUAGCGCUCAUUGUUUAUCCACAUAUUGUUGGCGCCGAAGUGAACAAAAUCUUGGCAAAAGUAAACGAGCAAAUUGAAGUUUGUUUGAAUGCUUUGAAACCACAUACGGUAGAAAUUCUAAGUGAAUCGGAAAACAUGCUCAUUCAAACAGAAAACAAACGAAUUCUUUUCAUUUUGUCGAUAUUAAUUGAAACACAAAUUCAUUUAAGACAAUUACAAGUGAUCAAACUCAAACCGUCCAACAACGCGGAAGCUACCCUUUUAAAAAGAAUUGUUGAAAAAUUGGUCAAGUUUGGUACGUGUGAGAAUUAUCGUUAUAUACACACGCUACGUAUGCUAGAUUUAAUUGUUUCCUUCGAAGCAAGUAAACCGAAGGAAAAAAGAAGUAGCGACUUCAAUAUUGAUUUAUUCAAAAUAGUUCAUAACGAGCUAUCAAAUAAUCUUCUAUCACGGUAUCAUAAUGUGCGAAGAAUUACCGCACAUUUAUUACAUCAAUUUUCAGAUGUAUUAAAAACCAAAGACAUGGAAUUCAAUAUUUAUGGUGUUUUCUUCGAUAUUGAAUCUAUUGACACAAAUAUUCAUACGUAUCGUGAGCAACUGUUGCUAUUCCAACGCAUUGAACCCACAACAAAACUGCUUGCAUCAUUAUCAAAAGUACAUGAACCAUCAAAAUAUGAUCCGCUCAAAUACCUAUUGGGAUUUCUUCACGUAAAUUUCAAUCUUCUUUGGAAACCAAUCACCGAACUAAUUUCUACAUACUUUUCCGAAUUGGAAAUUGAAAGUUUUUGGUCAAUAUUUAAGAUGCAAAUCGAUGAAACUACAACAUUGCUGCGCAACAAACAAUUGGAUGAAGUGCAAGAUGAUGUUGAAUUUAUUGACGUAAAAUCGUGUUUGAGAGAAAAUUACUUAACCAUUUGGCAUAAUGAUGAGCGACCGAUCGACUUGGUUAAUUAUAGAAUAUUAAUGUGGCGCAUUAUUCCGCUCUUGGGAAUGUUACGCGAAAUAAAAAAUCGGGAAAUUGUGACCAUUUUUUUGGAUUUCAUCGAGCACGAGUAUAAAAGAACAAUUGAUCGUGACACAUAUACAUUGCAAGCGCAACGAAAACGCAAAAUAAAAAAAUCAAUCAAAGCAAAGGGGCUCAACGAAAAUGAAAACGAAGAUAUAAUUGAUAACGAUGUUAAUGAAGAUGAUAAUGAUGAUGAACAGAUCACAGACGAUCAAAAACUACCAGCUGGAACUCAACGAACACUGACCAAUAUGCUUCAAGUAUUCGUUAAUCAAAAUAAUCCAAAAGCGUUACAUCGAGAACCCGAACUCUGGAAUUUAUAUUUGGAAUUAUUGAGUCACAGAAAUUCAGAAGUUCAAAAAUUGGCGUUGGACUGUAUUUUCGCGUAUAAACAUAAAUAUCUACAGCCAUACAUGGAUUAUUUGAAGGAUUUGGUUGACGAUGCCAAAUUUAAAUCGGCAAUAAUUAGUUUUAAAAUUGACAAAGCAAGUGGUCUGGUGCAACUGGAGCACCGGCCACAAUUGAUGCCCAUCGUUAUUAGAAUACUUUACAGCAAAAUGCUGCAACGAAUUGGUGGCCAAAAGACAUCAAAUCAAACAAGAAAAUCGUUAGUUAUGCGAUUUUUGGGCGGUUGUCACGAAGAAGAAAUUUUGAUUAUGCUUCACAUGUCGUUCUGGAUGCUUGAAAUUGAGUUCAAGGAUGAUGCACGUGUUAUGUGCCAAAACGUUAUGGCUAAAACCAAUGCUGGAAACGUUUUAUCGCCAAACAUUCUACAAAGUUCACUCGAUCUUUUGGAUGUGAUUCAAAGCGAAUUUAGCGGAUUGAUGAGCAACAAAUUUUUACGAUAUAUCAUAAAUGUGCUACUAGUUAUCGGAUCUACCGUAUUUAGUAUUGUGGAACAAAGUAAAUGUGGCGAUUCAAAGAUAACAUCUGAUCUGGCCAAACCAUUCAAGAAUUUGCGCAACAAUUGCUAUCAGAAUUUACAACGGUUCUUUGAUCAUUUUGAAUCUUAUCCAUGGAAUGAUAAUGAAAUUGAUGCAAUAUUUUUGGUGUUCGUUUCACCAUCAGCCCAUAAAUUGGCACAAGAAAGUCUUCUGUCCGUAACACCACUGCAUAAACUUUUUACGACCUUCGGAAAGUAUCCAAGACUUUUCAUUUUAUUAACACGAUUUAUCGAUGAUGGAAAUGCUGACUCAACACCAUUGCGAUACAUGAUGGAUUUGUUGAUUGAGCCAAAAGCAAAACCAUUAGUUUGUUUUUCACUUAUGCAAAUGAUACAGAAUCUUUUGACAUUAUCGAUCGAUGGAGCUGGAAACGAACAAACUGAUAUUGUCCCAUUGGAAAUAAAAAAUUGUAAGCCGAUCGAUGAAAAAUAUUUAGCUGAUAUUUCAAAUGCAGAAACAAUCAAUUUUGGCAGUAAAAUUCUGUUGCCAUUUUUACCGAAUAUUUUAAAUAGAUUUAAAAUUGUGUUACGAAUGCGCCGAGGACUUACAAAACGAGAUUUACUAAUACUCUCUAAAAUAACGGGACUCAUAACUGAUGCGGAAACCAGUAAAACUCUACUAACUGUAUUGCUACCAAUACUUGUGCGAAAAUUUAAUACACAUUUGGGUGAAGAAGUUCUCACACAAAUGGUGAACACAAUUAUUAACUUAUUUAAACGUAUCAAUAAUCCCGAGCUGCAUAUUCGGAGCAUUGCACCGAUGUUUGAACAUAUCACCGCAGUUGGACCACGUAAACUUUUAUGCAAUCUGCUUAAAGUGAUUGCCGAACGUGCAUCGUUUGAAAAUGAGACACAAAAAAUACAAUUGCAUCAAACCGUUCGUAUCGUGAUUGAUUUGAAUGCAUGGGAUCGUCGAUGGAUUGAACAGCCAGACUAUGAAAAACGUUUAGAUGCUUACAAGAGAAUUGGUAAAUUAACUGCCGCCAAUGAAAUAGAUUUGAAUGCUGGUCUACUUAUCAUUCAUCAUUCAUUUUAUUUCAUCAAGUAUGACAAAGAUAUGGCAUUACGCGAUAGUGCUUCACAUCAUUUGAAAACACUUUUACCAACGUUAAUUCUAAAGCUGCAAAAAUCACGGCCACAAGAAUUGGACUAUUUGAUUGGAACAGUGAUUCUGAAUUUGGUUCGCAGAACGUUUCGUGAUAAGAAUGAAAAUGUACGCACUGAAGGUAUUCAAUUGUUGGGCGAAAUCGCACGUGAAUGUCCAGACGCUCAUCCAGUUCUGUUUGAUUUGAAUAUGCUAGCCUGCAAGGAAGAUCGUGAAAUUGAUUUCUUUGACAACAUUACCCAUUUGCAAAUACAACGCCAUGGAAAAGCCUUAUUGCGAUUCGGUUCAGUGGCAAAAACUCUGGAAAAAGUUCCAAGUACCAGAACAUUGACACAAUUUAUACUACCACUUGCUACAGCAUACAUUGCAAAUGAGAAAUAUUCAAUGAAUCAUGGUCUAGUUACAUCAGCUAUUGAAACAAUUGGUGCAGUGUGUCGCCUAUUGCCCUGGCAUCAAUACGAAACAAUAUUGAAAUAUUACAUAAAAAAUAUGCGCUUCAAUGUUCAAUAUCAAAAACAAAUGGUACGAAUUGUUAUGCAAAUCUUAGAUUCAUUCCAUUUUGAUCUAUCAAGGGCCAAUUAUUCGUCAGAGAAAUUGUCAUUAACAUCAUCAUUAGAACCACUUGCAACUUCUGAAAAUAAGAGUGUCACAUCGAAUGAGGAAACAAAUAACGAUGGUGAUGCCGAUCAAUCCAUCAAGGAAAAUGAGACGGAAGAAAUCGUCAUUCAAAUAAGUAACGAACAAGAGAGCUUCUUUGAAGAGUUGAACGAAUGUCAUGACGAGAAUGAUGAAGAUGAGGUGGAAGAUGAUAUCCCAGUUAAAAAAGCAAGAGUAUGUAUUUAUGACAAACCAAUUGUUUUGUCAACAUCAAUUGCCAGAAAAGUGAUCCAUAAUCUUGCCACUGGUCUAAUACCAACUCUAAAUAAUUCUAUUACGGCUCUGAGUACAUACGAGAGUUUUCACAAAAUUAACAAAAAGAAACGACGAUCUGAACGAGAAGAAGAGGAAAUCUUACGAGUCCCCAUUGCUUUGGCCGUAGUCAAAUUGCUUCAAAAAUUACCAACUGGUGUUUUAGAACAAAAUCUCUCUGGGAUCCUAAUUAAAGUAUGCAUGUUUCUGAAAUCACCGUUGAUUUCAGUAAGAAUGACAACACGUGACAUACUAAAAAAUAUCAUGAUAACUGUUGGAGCUCAGCACUUGGAAAUGCUGCUCACACAUAUGACCUCGCUACUGACACGGGGCUUUCAAGUUCAUGUACUCACUAUAACCGUGCAUUCAUUGCUCGACGCAUUAAAAACAUCACUUAAAAAUGGUAUAAUGGACAAAUGUUUACAGUAUGUAUUACGGGUAUGCUUGGGUGAUAUUUUUGGACAAACUGGCGAAGAGAAAUUAGUAACGAAAAUUGGCAAACAUACGCCAGAGGCAAAGCCUCAUAACAAGAGCUUUCUUACGCUGGGCAUCUGUGCAACAUACUUAACAAAAACAUGUUUGCUGGAUCUUCUAGUGCCACUCAAAGAGCAAUUGAAUCGAUCACAAUCCAAAAAGAAUAUUAUUCGAGUACAGGAAUGCUUCCAGAAAAUUGUUGCUGGUCUAUUAAUAAACAAGCAGAUAAAUAUUGAGACGAUGAUGAUGUUCAUUUAUGGUGUGAUUUCCGAAAGUAUUCCGGAUUUGAUGCCCGAAAUACAGAAGCCAAAACUUACCGCCAAUGACAAAUUGAAAAUAAAACAACAAAAACCAGAUUGCUUCUUAAUACCCAAAGAUCCAGCCAUUGGGUGUCGCAGUAACACUGUAAAGUUACAAGUUGUAUCAAAUGUUCGAGCGAACGCUCAUGUGUUAAUCGAAUUUGGAUUGGAAUUGUUACAUGCGAUAUUGAAAAGUGGUAAACUGCUGAAAAUAAAUUAUCAACCAUUCAUUGAUCCGAUUGUAAUAAUAUUGAAUGACUCAAUUGGUAGCAGUCAUGUUCGUGUUACAACUUUUGCUCUCAAAUGUAUAUCUGUGAUGAUUGGCAAAACAAUGACAUCAGAUCGUUUAAUUGAAUUCAUCAAACCAAUUGUUGAAAAAAUAUUCGAGAUUUUACAUAAAUAUGUUGCUGCAAAUACAGAUAUGUCGAACGAAAACUUUUUACUGGUCCAAAGUUCGUUCAAAACCAUUGUAAAUAUUCUUCGUUAUAUACCCGCUGCGAAUUUCAUUUUGACCGAAGAACAAUUAAAAACGUUGCUCUUUUAUGCCGAACAAUAUUUGGAUAUAGGCGAAACCAACAAACAAACAAUAUCAUUUUCUCUUCUGAAAGUUAUCAUUUCACGGCGUUUAGUUACACGAGAAUUGAAUAAUGUACUGAUGCAGGUUGGCCGAUUGGCCAUACAAUCCGAAUCAGAUGUUGCUAGAGCCGAAUCCAAAGGCAUUAUAGUUAAUUAUUUGAUGGAUUAUCCACUUGGGAAAAAGGUUGAAGGUUUCAUUGAGUUUUUCAUUUCCAAUUUAAAUUAUGAGCUUCAAUCUGGACGCGAAUCGGCAAUUAGUAUUUUACAUUCGAUUGUAAAACGAUUCCCCGCCAAAUAUUUAAAUCGCAAGUCGGCUUUAAUGUUUGUUGCUUGCGGCUCACGUAUUGUAAACGACGAAUCGGCUAAGUGUCGCGAAAAUAUUGCGGAAUGCGUAGAAACAUUGAUCAGUCGCAUCGAUGUAAAUCAACGAAAUGAACUUUUUGCGAUAAUUAUAACACUUUUGAAUGACCAAAAAUCAAGUCAUCGAGAAAUGGCAGCCUUACUGUGCACUAGAUUUAUCAAUGUUGAAAAACAAGGAUUUUCAACGCGUCUGGAAAAAAUUCUUCCGGUUCUAGUAACAACAUUAUUUACCAGUUCAGUUGGUAAAUUUGUUUCCAACCGAAACUUUAAGUACAUUGAUAAAGAUGGAUCAGAAGAUGAUGAAGAGGAAGACGACCACGAGGAAAAUCAACGGAUGCUAGAUCAUUCGACAAUUCAACUACAAAAUACAUUAUUGAAAAUUUAUGAAACAUUUGAUAAUGUAAUAAUCGACUUUUCGCAAUAUACGGAUGAACUUGCUUACGAAUCACAAAAGUUGCUUGCACAUGAACACACUUGGGUACGAUUGAAUGCAUUGAAAAUGCUACAGAAUAUUAUACAAGGCAUACAAGUUGAACAAGUCUUCAAUGGUGUUCGUGGCAAAAAUCAACUGAACUUUAUUUACGCGAAUCCAGAACAAGAACUUAAAUCUUUGACUUUAGAUUUAUGCGCUCAGCUAAUACCUGAUCAAACCGAUAUUGAAAUGGCAAACGAAGUGACGACAAUUCUUCUACACAUUGCCAAUAUUUUGAAAAGUGUACCAUUUAUAAAUACAACCGACGCUGAUGAUGAAGAUGGUGAUGGUGAUGGCAAUGGUGACGGUGAUAAUGAAAAGGAAUCAAAUCUUACCAGGAAGCGCAAAAUUAAUUUACCAUGGCUAUUAAGACGUCUGCGAUAUGUCGUCCAUUCUGAAGUGGCAAAAGCACCACAAAGUUCCAUUUUGAGAUCAGCAGUUUUCCGCUGGAUCGAAGGACUUGCGGCAUUAAUCACAACUGAACAAGUGGAGCAGUUGGCGUAUACAUUAUUGGCGCCAUUGGUACGUGAAAUGUCGGAAGAAGAUCAAAAUAUUGAUGCAAGACUUCGCAAACUAGCUAUUCAUGUCGGUGAUACAAUACGUGCCAAGAUUGGUGACGAUGAAUAUAACAAUUUGCGUUCACAAAUUCAAAAGAAAUUGAUGUUAAGACGCGCCGAACGUAAGAAAAUAAUUGCUAUUGACAAAAUUUCGCAUCCAGUCCAGGCAGCCAUGCGAAUAAAAGGUAUGAGAGACAGAAAAAAGGCAGCAAAGAGACGAAAUUUUGACCCAAUUAAAAGUCAUGCCUUCAUGAAGAAAAAGAAGAAAAAUUGAUUCUACUUCAUUUAUAUAUUUUUUCAUCCAAGAAAAACUAGAGUUAAUUUAAAAGAAACCGCAAAAUUAUAUCAAAA